AUGGCUUCCCCCGGGAUCACCGUCCGUCUCAUCAGCGACCCGAGCUCAGAGCCCGCCCAGGUCAUCCCGUACUCGGGGCAGGGGUACCAGGAGCUCAAGCAGCAAUGCCUGCAGGAGCGAUGCCUCUUCACCGACCCGCUCUUCGACGCUGUCCCCAGCUCACUCGGAUACUGGCAACUUGGACUUGGGUCUGAGAAUAUUAGGGGGCUGGAGUGGAAGAGGCCACAGCUAUCACCGGUAGCGCCAAAGGUCGCGGGUUCAAAUGAUCCAGUGCAACAGAACUGUCCAAAUCAACUCACCCCUUCAACAGGCAACUGCUGGUUCCUGGCUGCAGCUGCGUCUCUCACCCUCGACCCACGGCUCAUGCAGAGGGUGGUACCCAAGGGGCAAAGCUUUGCACACGAGGACUAUGCUGGCAUCUUCCAUUUCCAGUUCUGGCAGUACGGGCAGUGGGUGGAUGUGGUGGUUGACGACCGACUGCCGGUGCAGAAUGGAGAACUGGUCUUCGUGCGUUCCUGCCAGAGUGAUGAAUUCUGGAUGCCCCUGCUGGAGAAAGCCUAUGCCAAGCUCAACGGCUCUUACGAGGCCAUGAACGGCGGGUACAUGAACGAGGCCUUUGUGGACUUCACAGGCGGGGUCGGGGAAACCUACCAGCUCAAGAUGCCCAAUCCAGAGCUCUUCAAAGUCAUCCGCACGGCCCUCACGAAGAGGUCUCUGAUGGGGGCACACAUCAAGAUCACCCGGCAAGAGGACAUGGAGGGACACACGCCAGAGGGGCUGGUGAAGGGACACGCCUACUCCAUAACGGGUGUUCACAAGCUGGAUCACAGGGGCAAGAAGCUAAAGCUGCUGCGGCUGAGGAACCCCUGGGGAAAGGUGGAGUGGAACGGCCGGUGGAGCGACCGCUCCCCACUGUGGGCAGGGCUGGAUCCCAAGCUCCAGAAGAGCCUACAAGUGAGAAAGGAAGAUGGGGAAUUCUGGAUGCAAAUGGACGACUUCCUGAGGUACUUCGACGCCCUGGAGAUCUGCAGCCUGACUCCAGACUUGCUGGAAGAAGAGAAGGGGCUCGGCUGGAAUGUCCGCUCCUUCCAGGGGCGCUGGAGCACUGGCUAUACUGCCGGCGGGUGCAGGAGCUCAGGCCUUCGAGACAGCUUCUGGAUGAACCCCCAGUACCACGUCCGCCUGCUGGAGCCGGAUGAGGCCGACCUGCGGAAGCAGCGCCUGGACCCCAGCUGCACCCUGCUGGUCUCCCUGAUGCAGAAGGACCGGCGCCGGGACAGAAAGAGGGGAAAGGACUUUCUGCCCAUUGGCUUUGAGAUCCUGAAGGCAAGGGCUGAGCCCGGGAAACCCAUCUCCCCACAGUACCUGGAGCUGAAGAACGUGUCCCAGAGGAGGGCGUUGCUCCCGUCUCUCCGUGCCAUGUUUUGGACCUCAUACGUGCCCAUGAGGGAUGUCACUGGCCGCUACAGGCUGCCACCGGGGGAUUAUCUCAUCAUCCCCAGCACUGGCUACCCGAUGGAGGAGUCCAGCUUCACCCUGCGCAUCUUCACGGAAAAGGCAAACAAGUUCCUGGAAAUCGAUGAUGAAAUCAGAGCAGACAUGAGACCCCUUCAGAGAAUCCCCAACGAGAAAGAAUUUGAGCAAACCUUCCUGAAGCUUGCAGGACCGGACAAGCAGAUUGACGCUGCCAAACUGCAGGAUAUCCUGAACACAGUCACGGCAAAGCAGAGUCAGCUGAAGACAGAUGGGUUUGGCCUGGAGCUCUGCCAGAAAAUCAUCCAGCACUUUGAUCGCAGCAAGACCGGAAAACUGACACUGCCGGCGUUCAAGCACCUGUGCAGCAAGAUUAAAGAAUGGGAGGCUGUCUUUACCAAGUACGACGUGGAUCGCUCGGGGACGAUGAACAUCCACGAAAUGCAGCUGGCGCUGGAUGCAGCAGGUUUUCACUUGAACCACCAGCUGAGGGAGACCAUCACGAGCAAAUACCGCAACCGAUACCUGAUGAUCGACUUUGACAGCUUCCUGUCCUGCAUGCUGCAGCUGGAAGCCAUCUUCAGGCAGUGCCAAGAGUACGACAAAGCCGGUGCUGGGACGAUCACCAUGACGCAGAAGGAGUGGUUGGAGCUUGCUACCCUCACCUAAACUGGAAGAGGUGACAGAAUCGUCUCCUGGGAGGAUCAGCAACAAAUACCUAACAAGAUGCAAU